CUCUGUUUUCUCUCAUAUUGAAGAUCUUAGUCAAGGAGUUGCAGAGCAUCAAAUAUAGUGAAGCGGAGUUUGGAAAGGAAGGAAAGAAAGUUAUGGGUGUGAAUGAGGAAUGUGAUACAGUCCUGGGUAUAGGACUCAGAAAUGGUGGAAGGGAUGGUGCUUCGAGUCCUCUGCAGUUAGAUCUGCUCCCCUUAGCUCCUGCUCCUCGCCAUUCUUCUUUCUCAGAGAGUUUUCCAUGGGCGAAGAAGAGUUUGUCAGAUGAAGCGUCGGCCAUGCCCAGGCAGAAAAAUAUCGAUGUUAACAAAUUGCCUCCUGCAAACUACUAUUCUAAUCAAUAUGAGGAAACCCAUAAUAGUAAUAGGGCAUCCUCUGCUAACAGCAGCGUAUCUUCUUUUCAUCUGGAUUUCAAUGCAAUCGAUCAGGAAGACAGCUAUGGGAUUCGAACCAAGCGGGACCGUUGUGGUGUUACAGAGGAUUCUGAGGCAGAAAGAGGGUAUUGUAGAGUUAGUGAUGAAGAAGAAGAAGGCUGUGGUACAAGGAAAAAACUCAGACUGUCAAAACAACAAUCUGCUAUCUUAGAAGAAAGCUUCAAACAAAACAGCACUCUCAAUCCUAAGCAAAAGCAAGACUUGGGGAAACAGUUGAAUCUUCGCCCUCGACAAGUUGAAGUCUGGUUCCAAAAUAGAAGGGCGAGAAGCAAGCUUAAACAAAUAGAAGUGGACUGUGAAUUUUUAAAGCAGUGCUAUGAAUCUCUGACAGAGGAAAACAGAAGACUGCAGAAAGAGUUAACACAACUGAGAUCUGCAAAACUUGCAUCACCUUCAUCUCCUUUGUACGUGCCAAUGGCUGCAGCAACUCUAUCAAUGUGUCCUUCAUGUCAAAAAAUUAUAAACUCUGAUAACACAAGGCCUUUCACUCCUCUGCAAAAUCCACGCUUUCAUCCUCCUUACUCACACUCUUCAGUAGCAUGUUAAAUCAUCUAGUGAGUUAUUGAGGAGCUGGUGCACUUGAAUGAAUGUAAACUAAAGUCCCAUUAGUUGUUGAUGGGAUUUCUGGAUGGAUCCAAUGUCCAAUUGUAUAAAACCUACAUAUGUAAAUACAAGUACACUUACUGAAAGGAUUUCCAAUAUCUUUUAUUCUGACAA